UAUUGACGUCCUACUAUCGGAUUUCUCUCUUGAUGCUUGCAAUCAAAGAUUGUUUAAUGCUAAAUAAAUGGAAAAGGUUUUUAAUGUAAUUUGUAGUGGAUGUAAAAUUGUCCUCCAUUGAUUACUUCGAAGAAGUCAAAUACAUCAGAGGGGCUUUGGACUUUGUGCUGAGAACAGAAACUGGACUAUUUCAACGAUGAAUGCAGAGGAGUUCAGACGGUUUGGUAAGCAGAUGGUGGAUUAUGUAGCAGACUACCUGGAAAACAUCAGAGAUCGACAGCCAUUUCCAGAUGUGUCUCCAGGAUAUCUUAAAGAACUCAUUCCAGACAAAGCACCAGACGAAGCAGAAAAAUGGCAGGACGUUAUGAAGGACAUAGAAAGGGUCAUCAUGCCAGGGGUGACCCACUGGCAUUCUCCACAGUUUCACGCAUACUUCCCCACUGCCAAUUCCUAUCCAGCAAUUGUGGCGGAUAUUCUCUCGGAUGCUAUCGGCUGCAUUGGAUUUACAUGGGCUUCCAGUCCCGCAUGCACAGAAUUGGAGAUGGUGGUUUUGGAUUGGCUAGCUAAAAUGCUCGACCUUCCCGAUUGCUUUCUUCAUUCCAGUAAAGGUCAGGGAGGCGGGGUUAUACAGGGAACGGCAAGUGAAGCCACACUGGUAGCCCUUUUGUCAGCUAGAACACAACAUUUACAUCAAAUUCUUGGAGACAAGUUUAGUCACUCACCAAAUGAAGGAAUUAUUAAUAAAAUGGUGGCCUACUGUUCUGCACAGGCCCAUUCUUCUGUAGAAAGAGCAGCAUUAAUAGGAGCAGUGAAAAUACGGUUAUUGGAUACUGAUGAAAAAUACUCACUUAGAGGCGAUACGCUGCAGAGAGCAAUAGAAAAAGAUAGAGCGGAUGGACUUAUUCCAUUUUUUCUCUGCGCAACUCUUGGUACAACUUCCGUUUGUUCAUUUGAUGACGUCUUGGAAUUGGGGCUAGUUUGCAAGAAAGAAGGUCUGUGGAUGCAUAUUGAUGCAGCUUACGCUGGCAGUGCCUUUAUUUGCCCUGAAUUUAGACCUUUGCUUAAUGGAGUGGAACAUGCAAUGUCCUUCAACUUUAAUCCUCAUAAAUGGUUAAAUGUAAACUUUGACUGCUCCACUAUGUGGGUCCAGGAUAGUCGGCUAUUGAGUGAUGCCUUUAAUGUAGACCCUCUGUACCUGAAACAUGACAAUCAAGGUUCUAUACCUGAUUUUAGGCAUUGGCACAUUCCGUUGGGCAGGAGAUUUAGGUCUCUUAAAUUAUGGUUUGUUUUGCGGUUAUACGGAGUGAAAGGUCUUCAGGAGUACAUAAGAAAGGAUGUAAAACUCGCCCAUCAGUUCGAAGACUUGGUAAAGGCUGACCAGAGAUUUGAAAUAUUUGGUGACGUAGUACUGGGGUUAGUUUGCUUUAGGUUGAAAGAUUCAAACGAAGUUAACGAGAGGUUAUUAAAGGUCAUCAACUCUGACAAACGUAUACAUUUGGUGCCAUCAAAAGUCAACGGCACGUUUUUCUUAAGAUUCGCUGUGUGUGCCUCACGGACAGAAUCAAGGGAUGUAGAAUUCGCUUGGAAAGUGAUACAAGAACUAACAGAGAAAAUACAAACUUAAGGAUUCCAGUUGUGUGUUCUUUGAAGCAUUGAUGUGUUAACUCAAAUUACUUUGAAAAAUGUUUGUGUUGAGCAAUAUGACGUGCAUAGUUUAAGGAUUUGGUUAGAUAUAAUGUAUUGUGGUUAGAUUCCAUAAAUGUCUGUAGCUGUUCAGCAGAAUGAAAUCGUUGAUUGGAAAAAUGAAACAAUUCAAGUACAAAUACAUUUGAAAUAAUAAUACUUAAUUAAAGUCAUUGCCACUUCGA